CAUUUGAGUUUGACACACCCACAAACUUCUUUAAUAAAUACAUAUCUCUCAAUUUUUCCAUCCUCUCUCUUUCUCUCUGUUCCCAGAUCCAUUGCUUAUUCUUGGAGCAUCCGCACCUUCAUCCAAACACGUCCCUAGCAGCCUAGCUUCUCUCAAAAUAUUUGUCUUUUCCUUUGGUGGGUUUAUUCUUUGGGUGUAGAAGAGUUUCAUUUUUCACCAGCUAGCUAGCUAGCACUUUGCUGGCAACAAAUGGCUGCUGCUUCAGGGUAUAACAAGCAAAUGAAGAGGUUGGAAUCAAGGAAGUCACAUUCAUGGUGGUGGGAUAGUCACAUCAGUCCCAAGAAUUCUAAGUGGCUCUCAGAUAAUCUUGAAGAGAUGGACGGGAAUGUGAAGCGAAUGCUGAAGCUGAUAGAAGCUGAUGCAGAUUCAUUUGCCAAAAGAGCUGAGAUGUAUUAUCAGAAGAGGCCAGAAUUGGUUACUCUAGUUGAGGAUUUCUACCGCGGUUACCGGUCUCUAGCUGAACGCUACGAUCUUUUGACCGGAGAAUUGCGGAAGAACAUACCCUCUGAUCUCCAAUCCCAUGGUUCAGGUAUUUCUGACACUAGCUCUGAACCUUCCUCCACUUUGCCCUCUCCAAAGAAGGGGGGUCGCCAUAAAUCCGGCAACCGAGCUGCUGGGUUUGAUUUCUUUCUUGGCUCCGGUGGAAAUGGGUCUGAUGCAUACCAAAAAGAUGGAGAUGAGUCAUCUACUAUGACAGACUCUGAGGCGGAAUCUGAUGAUUCAUCAGUGAACAAUUAUUCAGCUGUCUUUGGGAACGGUAACGAUCAGGGGGUGAACAGAAAAAUAAUGGAGUUGGAAGCCGAGCUCCGCGAGGUAAAAGGAAAGUUAUGGACGCAGGAAGAUGAACAUUCAGAGGUUUCAUCUAGGGGGGUAAGAACUGAGAAUGAACAAGAACUGAUGAUUGUGAAUGAAAAGUUAAGACUCUCAGAAGAAGAAAUCACUAAACUGAAGAUUGAGCUUGGAAAUUACAGGUCCUUGGAUUCAGAAAAUAUGGAUUCUGGUGUUGAGUUAUCAUCGAGUAAAGAAUACAUCAAGACAGGAGAGGAAGCCCUGGAAGACAAGGCGUUAGAGGUUCAAGGAGGCAUUGAUGGGGUGGAUAAGGAAUCGUUUGAGCCAAAUAGUGACAUCGAGUCACUUGGGAAAGAGCUUAGAAUCACCAAAGAAAAUCUCAAGGCUGCGGAAACACAAGUUGCUUCACUUAAAUCUGAGGCCAGUAAAUCCUCAGAAAGAAUUCAGAAGCUGCAGGAUCAACUUGACUUGGCCCGAAAAGAUGUUGCUUCGUGGAAAACCAAAUUCAACAGCGAGAAAAGAGAAAACACCAGACUCCAAGAAAGGCUUGCGAGGAUAAAAACUAGCCUAUCAGACCGCGACCAUGAGAUCAGGGAUUUGAAAACAGCCGUGUCUGAUGCGGAGCAGAAAAUCUUCCCGGAGAAAGCUCAGAUGAGGUCUGAAAUGACCAAGUUGCUCGAGGAUCGGACUAAUUUGGAAGAGCAGAUCAGAGAAUGGGAGUGCCGCGGCCGUUCUUUCGAAGAGGAGAUCAGAAACAUACUUUCUGAAAAAUUAGAAAUGGAGGAGGCACUCAAGGGUGAAAUUGAGCUGUUAAAGGCAGAAAUUGAGCAGAGAGAGAAAAAUAUAAAAGACCUCAAUGAAAAGCUUGAUACUUCAAAGUUAGAGAGAGAUAAUCUCAUUGUAGAAGUUGGUUCACUCAAGGAAGAAGUGAAAUCCAGAGAUGGUAGGAUUGAAAACAUGGACAAUCAUUUGAACCAGCUGCACAUGGAACAUGUGAAACUGAUUGCUGGAAUGGAAGAGGCACAUAGACAAGUGGAAGAACUGAAAGCAAAAGCUAAGCAACUCGAGGAAGAGGUUGAGAGGCGAAAAACCGAAAUCUUAGAAGGGGCAGAAGAGAAACGUGAGGCCAUACGACAGCUGUGCUUCUCCUUGGAGCACUACAGAAACGGUUAUCAUAUGCUUCGCCAACAUUUUACAGGGCAUAAGCGGGUACGGGUUCCAGUUUUGGCUACCUGAUUAAGUGUGUUUGGACUGGCGGUAAGUUUUCACGUUAAACCUUAAAAUCACAGUGGAGCUUAAGCUACUGAGUGUAGCUUCAGAUUUGGCUGUUGAGUUUCCAAACAUGCUAUGAUAUGUCUGAACAGGAUCUUGUAUAUUUUUGCAACCUUCAUUUCUGUGUAUCUGGGGUAUCUUUCUUAUGCUUUUUGGUUGUGAUGUAUAUGAGUCAUGAUCAUGAGUGCUGAGAAGUGAUAACCAUGUUUUCAUGGUUUAUUUUCUUUUACACUUUGGCUUGUUAGGUAAUACAUUUAUGCAUUAUGCUGAAUUGCUGAUGCUAAGUGCCAUCAGGUUCUUGUAAGAAUCUAUGCUGGAGAACCCUUGCUUGAGGUGUCAUAGAAGAGAUUGAUAAAUAGCUCAGAGAGGAGUGCUAGCAACACUCACUUUUAUGAUUAGUCUGAUAUAUAUGAAUGGUCGUGCAACUUUUUUUUAA